GCCGUGACGUCACUGAGCACCGUCAGUGGUGACGUCACGGCGGCGCAGGGUGACGUCACCGGGGUGACCCCGGCAGCAGCAGCAGCAGGAGGCGGAGGCGGAGAUGGAGGCGCCGGGGAAGCCAGAGUUGCAGGGCAAGGCGUGUGGGCCAGCGCGGAGCCUGGUGCGCAUGAUCGGCACGCACCUACCUCUCAAGCCCUGCACCCGAGCCUUCAUACAGACCGCUGGGAAGGAUCAAGACAUCCAGCAGUUAAAUGCCAGCCCAGAGGAAGACCAGGACGUGCCUUCACUGGCAGAUAUCAUGUGGAUAAUGGACGAUGAGGGCGAGACCUUCAGCAGACUCCGGUCAGAGCUCAGGCCGGGCAAGCAGAAUCGCCGCACCAACUCCCUGGCGUCGCUGCGCAAGGUUUUCUCUUCCCCGUGCAUGCGUGGGCGUCCCACGGGCGCCCAGCCCCCUCUCGCAGAGGAGGACGCGCCCUCUCACCCCCGUCUGGAGGAAGAGCUGAGCCACCUGCGCGCGCAGAUUGCGCUGCUGCUCGCCUGCAAGCCGACCCUGCAAGCCUCGUCAGGCGCCGAGGACCAGUCGUGCAGCGUGCCGGCCAGCCUGGCGUGGGUUCUGGGCUCUGAGGAGCACAGUGACGACGAAGACGAGACGCCAAACGAACACUUCGGUCCCCUGAGCAACGCUCAGCCUUACAGAGCUUCAUAGCCCAUCGGAUCCCUCCUGCAGUCUCAAUGAACAUUCUGAUUCCAGUGGCACCGCACUGACGGACAACGGGCGCCACCCAGCCGACCCGGCGUCCGUCAUCACGGAGGCCGUCAAGCUCAAGUUUUCGAGUCCUUCCUGAGGAGGCCUCUCGUCUUCCUCUCCCCCCCCGAGUGGCAAGAGGUGGCACUGCCCACGUGGGGAAGUGUUUUCCAACUGAGAGUGUGAGUGAGAUUCGCGUACGUGAGCCGCGUGGCGUAUAAUCCCGUUGCCUUUCCCCCUCCAUGCACCUUUGAGCAUUGCCAACGUGAACGCACAUUUACUUGCCUGUGUUUUAUUGCCCUCUGCUGCACCAUACGCUCUGACCUCAACCCUAAAAUGGCCAAUCUGUAUCGCACACUCGGAUGGAUUCAGUUCACACCAUGAAUUGAGUGAACUCAUAGCGUCAAAAAGUUAUUUUUAGACGGCCACGUGUUACGUGCCAGUUAUUAAUCACUUGUGGAAAGUUACCAGAUUACAAUGUGUGUACACAAGCUUCUUUAUAAAAUAACGGAGUUCAAAGUCCUGGUAAUAUGGGUCUUGCCUUCAUGCGGCUUCAAUGUACAAAAUCAGUUAAUUCGGGCGGGUGGCAUGUUUAUUAAAAAGCCUCACGGUAAAUCGAGGAAGAUGGAAAGCAAGAAGCAUUGGCAUCUCUGUUUUCAUCAUUCAUACACCAUACUCGCUUUUUAACUUACUUUUUUAAGUUUUUUCUUGAGGAAGCCUUCCCUUUUCUGGCUCAAUGCAGGCCUUUAAUUUCAACAAGCAUCCAUUGUUUUAUAUUUAACGUAUUUGAAAGUUGUGAAUUGUUAUCCAGGUUUAUAAAAACUAACAGGUGAUAAGAGAACAAUAUUAUCGAAUCUUUCGCAAAAUGUACCUAUGAUUGAGCGCACUAGCUAAACAUAUACAUAGCCUCGGGAAAACUCUUGUUUGUGACGGUGUACAUGGAAAAUGUUGUAAAUAACAUAAGAUAACUCGUAUGUUAAACGAGUCGCCUGGCAGGUUAUAUCAGGUGAAUGGUGGAAGGUGUUUGUUUGAAUGACUUCCCAGCGCCUCUGUGUCUGAUUCACAUAGUGUGGCUUAGAGGCAUCCCUGCAUUCAUGUAACUGAAGCGUCGAGGAAGUCCACACUUGCUUGGCUGCUGUCACCCAGAUAGUGUUAAUCAUUCAUCUAAUUUCUUCAAGGUAUAUAUGUGAGCGGAAUAGAAGGAGACUAACACCUGCUGGGUUCCGCAGCAGCAUGAGCCAAGGGCAAGGCUGCACUUCCAUCUAUGAUCACUAGCACGCGUGAUGAUGAUGAUGUGUCAUACAAUGUAUGAUACACUGCUAUCUCAUGCAUCUUAGCGGAUCCUCAAUAAUGUGGCGAAUGGUGGACCUGCUGACCUCUGCAGAAAGCAGCGGGCUUAGGUGACACAGUCACAGAUAAGCCGAAUUCUCUUGCGCCAUGAUUUGCAAGCAUGUAAAUCAAGCAUUUUUAUUAUUAAUACGUCUACCGCUGGCGGCGUGUAUGCUGUGCGCGCGUACACAUAUAAUCGCAAAGAUCACCCGUCAACAGCUACGAGGCAAGUUGUGAUGGCCGAAAUGUUCAAUCGUGAAGCUAAUAUUUUCGUCAAACGUACAGUUUAUAAAAAAGAUAGAUUAUCUUCUAAUUUGUUACCAAAAAAGAUCGCAGUAUAUUUAAUUUAUACGUGUGUACAUUGGUCACAAGUGAGAACUUCAAUGACUGCCUUGUUUGCUUUUCACUCGUGAACACAACACCUGCACUGUGACGCGUUCACCCGUGCAGUCUCGUGUCUUUUAAGCCUCGUGGACCUCUCUGUGCGCGUGUGAUGUUCAGUAUUAAUUGUAAUCAAAAUAGUGCAUUGUCAUAUCUUGUUCGCUUGCUGUGAUUUUAAAACUAUCCUUAGAUCGUUUUAUGUUAUUGGUGAACGUGUGAAUAAAGCGAGUUUAAAAGCU